AUCUGGAAUAAUAAAAAGGCGGAGGAAGAGUGUGUCGUCGAGUUUCCCCAAAACCACCCCCAUUUACUCACUCCACUAUCACUCUCACUCUACACAACCAACCCUAAAAUUCCCUUAAAUUACUACUAUUAAUUUCUUAAAAAAAAAAAAAAAAAUCAGCCCAGAUGAUGAACAAGCCAAUUACUACUAUGUGAGUAUGCGAUUAGGGCCCCGAUCGAUCUAGUUAAUUAAGGCGCAUCCUCUCAUUUGCAACUCAGGUCUUCAUUCUCAAUAUUCAAUAAUGGGUUCAGUUGAUAAUGAUGAUGAAACAAGGUCUGUAAUCAGUGCCGUUGGAGAUAUUGGUAAUGUGGAUUUUGCAAACGACGGGUCUUUCUAUAACUAUGAUCCAGAGAACGAGGGCCCAAUCUUCAUAUCAGUUCCAUUUCCUUUACUGGAAAAUAAACCUCGAUUUGUGUCUGUGGGUGAAACUGUAUUUGAUCCAAUCACAAUCAAGAACACGACCACUGAGCCAGUGACUAUAUCCUCAGUCGAAAUAUAUGACUCCAAACCAGAGAAAUCUUUUACUUUGUCACUGAUGGAACCUCCUUCACCUGAUUCAGAUCAGGAAUACAUCAAAUCGUUUGUAGAGUCGUUUUGUUUGGAGGACAGGACUUUGAAACCUGAUAGAACCCUUACCAUUUGGCUAUCAUGUAAAGCAAAGAGCAAGGGUCUGCACUCUACUGCAGUACACUUUAGAUUGGAGGAGGAAACUAUUGAAAGAAUGGGUUUUAUCAUGGCUGAAGAUAAGAUCUCACGGUCGUUGGCUUCUAAUAAACCAUAUAAUAGGCCAAAUAGAAAGACACCGUUGGUUCCAAGAAUAUAUUCACCUGGAGGUGAUAAUGCAGGGGUGAAAUUUCUUAGAGGCUCUCGUCCUGCAAAGGCUAAUAGUCGACCAUACAGAAACAAGCUUCCUGAAUAUCGGAUUCCCAAGCAUAUAAGGGAUGUAAUUGAAAGUAAGGGAAUUCCUGAUGCGCUAAUGGAAGGUUUAAGCAAGAAGAAUUAUGUUCCAUUCUUUAAAACCUUGCUAAAUGUGGAAGAAAUUAAAUUGGAGGAUGAUAUGAGAGCAUACGACAUGCAAAGUGUCACUUUUAAGGAAAGGAACAACAGGUUUCUGACACUUGAAGUCCCAGGACUGGCUGAGAGAAGGCCGUCACUUGUUGUUGGAGAUGACAUUAUUGUGAAGCCUGUAUCGCAAAGUGAACACAAUGGCCUUCUGUAUAUGGGAUAUAUCUCCCGUGUUGAGUCUGAAGAAGUUCACCUAUCAUUCCAUGACGAUUUCCGUUCUUACUAUCCUGAAGGUAGUCUAUUUGAUGUACAAUUCCGGUACAAUCGACUGAAUAUGAAAAGAACUUACCAAGCAAUAGAAGCUUCUGGAAAGCUUGAUACCGAAUUUCUCUUCCCGGAGUUCUCUUCAAAACAGAGACACAUAGAAACAUGCCCAUUAGUUCCAAUCUCUUGUGAUCUCAAUGAGGAGCAAUUAAAUUCAGUUGAGAUGAUCCUUGGCUGCAAAGGUGGCCCACCAUAUGUUAUUCAUGGUCCACCUGGUACUGGUAAAUCUGUUACUCUUACUGAAGCUAUUCUUCAGUUGUAUAAAACUCGUAGGACUUCCCGGAUGCUUGUUUGUGCACCAUCAAAUAGUGCAGCAGAUCAUAUCCUAGAGAAAUUAGUUAUGCAAACUGCCGUCGAAAUUCGGAAAGACAACAUAAUGAGGCUUAAUGCACCAUCCCGUGCGAUAAGUGAUAUAAAAUCUGAGUUUCUUGAGUUUUGUUUAAUUGAUGAGGAAGAAAUGGGCUUCAGCUGUCCUAUAUUUGAACAAUUCGUAAGGUAUAGAAUUAUUAUAUCAACAUAUGUAAGUGCUUCUCUUCUCUAUGCAGAAGGUCUCAAAACGGGCUAUUUUACUCAUAUAUUUCUAGAUGAGGCAGCCCAAGCAUCAGAGCCUGAAACAAUGAUCCCGAUAUCUCAUUUUUAUAGACGGGAUACGGUGGUGGUUCUUGCUGGGGAUCAUAUGCAGCUAGGGCCAGUAAUUUCUUCUAAAGAUGCUGAAAGUUAUGGCCUAGGGAAGUCAUACAUGGAGAGACUUUGUGAGUCUACAUUUUAUAAUGAGGGUAAUCAAAAUUAUGUGACUAAAUUGGUUCGAAAUUAUCGAUGCCAUCAACAUAUUUUAUCUCUUCCUUCAGAGCUAUUCUAUGAAGGAGAAUUGAUCUCGUGCAAAGAAGAUGAUACAUUGCACCCAUUAACUUGGAAGGACAUCCUCCCAAACCCGGAAUUCCCGGUCAUAUUUUUAGGUGUUCAAGGUGUUGAUGAGAGAGAAGGCAACAACCCGUCAUGGUUUAAUAGAAUUGAAGCAAGUGAGGUAGUUGAGAUAAUUAUUGAUUUGAUAGAGAAGAAGGGGGUUAAGUGUCAAGAUAUUGGGGUGAUAACUCCGUAUAGGCAGCAAGUUUUGAAAAUUAGCAAUGCACUUGAAACUUUUGUUGGGUCAGAGAUAAAGGUUGGCACAGUGGAGUCAUUUCAAGGACAAGAAAGGGAAGUGAUUAUCGUAUCUACUGUUCGGUCAACUAUAAAACAUAAUGAGACUGAUAAGAGGCAUUUAUUGGGAUUUUUGAGUAAUCCUAAGCGAUUUAAUGUUGCCAUUACGCGAGCCAGAUCUUUACUGAUUGCUGUUGGGAACCCACAUAUUAUUUGCAAGGAUGAUCACUGGAAUAAAUUGUUGUGGCAUUGUGCCGACAACGAUUCAUAUAAAGGUUGCUUUCUCCCACAGAAAGAAGAAAUACAAGACGUGGCACUCAAAAACGAGAAUUAUAACGACAGUUACAGUUGGAAUGGUGCAGCGCAAACAAGUUUUGAUGACUGGGGCACUAACAACUGUAUACCACCGGAAGGUAAUGAUUGGGACGGAGUCUCAACACCAGCUGAUAAUUGGGGUGAGCCUGCAGGAUCUCAAAGUUGGGAGGAUGAAUCGACACCAGCUAAUAAUUGGGGUGAGCCUGCAGGCUCUCAAAAUUGGGAGGAUGAACCGACUAAGAUUCCCAUUCAGGUAUGUGCAGGAGUUGACACUUCCAAUGAAGGCUCAAGUGAGAUUCCUACAGGAAGCGAUAACUGGGCUAGAGAUCCAUGUCAGAUGACCCCUAGAGCCGAUGGUUCGGGUGAAGGCUCAAGUUUAGUGGCCACGGGAGCCAAUGAUUGGGGGAAAAACUCGAGCCUAGUGGCAAUAGUAGCUGAUAAUUGGGGGGAAGGCUCGAAUUAGAUUUCCACAAGAGAAAAUGAUGGGGGUGAAUGCUCUAGUCAGAUUGCUAAAUGAGCUGAUAUUGAGAAAAGACAACCCUUGGUAGUAGGUGUUUUUUUUUUUUUUUGGUUAAGAAAUGCAUGACUGGUCUUAGUAGGCUUAUCAGGCCCUGUUUAUUUUAUCAGUACUCCCGACGGUUUCUUCUUCUUCGCCAACAAGUUUUUGGCUCAAUCUUAAACAAACAACGGUUUACCAA